AUGACUGAUAAUAACGAUAAUGUGGAUAAUAGGGUUCCAGCUGAAGUAAUUAACCGGGAAAUUACUGAUCUUGAAGACUCAGUAAAUGAAAAUGUUGAUACCGUGUUCCCUUUCAAUAGUGAAGGAGAAAUGCGAACUGUUUUUAAUGAUCCAGUAAAUUUUAAUGUGAAACACCCACUUUUCAACGCAUGGACGUUAUGGUUUGAUAAUCCUGGUAAAAAAGCAAGUGUAACAAGUUGGUCUCUGAAUCUUAAGGAGUUAAUUACAUUCGAUUCCGUGGAAGAGUUUUGGGGAGUUUACAAUAAUGUAGUCAAGGCUAGUGAUUUAUCAUCUGGAUCUAAUUAUCAUCUUUUUAAACGGGGAAUAAAACCAAUGUGGGAAGAUCCAGUAAAUGAAUAUGGUGGGAAAUGGGUUGUUCAAUUUAUGCGAAAUAAGACUGGAGAAGAUAUCAAUACACUUUGGCUUUAUACAAUGCUAGCUUGCAUUGGGGAAGAAUUUGAUUAUGCAGAUGAAGUUUGCGGUGCUGUAGUAUCUGUUAGGAAAAUCUUUUACAGAAUUUCUUUGUGGACGCGAUCAUCAGACAAUAAAGAAAUUUGUAUGACUCUUGGGCAUUUCGUUACAUACGUUGCAGAAAAUACAAAUGAAAUUGGAGGAAGGCGCCUCAAUCCUCAACAAAGCGUUAAGGGUGAGUAUUUAAGUCUAGUUAGGUUAGCUAUGGUGACUAGUUAUGAAACUUCUUCCGGUAAGCUUCAUUUAAAUCUGGGUGAAAAGCCAGGGACAACUCGUCUCAAUGUCAAAAACAACUCAGUUCCUAAUGUCUCACCUUGA